CAUGGCGGCUCAGAGUAAAUUUCUAAAGUUCACUCCUAGAAACUCAGCACUUUUUACUGCAGCCGGUAUUGCAGCAUACUUCAUUUACAAAAGAGCCUCAAAUAAAACAAUCAAAAAAAAAACCAACAAUGUUGAAGAGGAAGUUAAGGUUGUAAUUGCGCAGCAUGGCCAAAAAAAGGAGAAAGCUGUGGUGAAUGCUGUAUUUUUUAAUCGAUUGUGGGCUAUCCUAAAAAUUCUUAUACCUGGCUUCUUCACCAUAGAGUCUCUGUAUCUGGCAAUAGUUGCAGUCAGCCUGGUGGCCAGGACUUACGCUGACGUCUGGAUGAUACAAAAUGGAACCUCCAUUGAAAGUUCAAUCAUUGGUAGGGACUCUGAGCAGUUCAAAAUUUUACUUUUCAAGUUUAUCUAUGCUAUGCCAGUUAUCUCUGUGGUUAACAACCUGUUGAAGUAUGGACUGAGCAUGUUAAAGCUUCGCUUCAGAAUCAGACUUUCCAAGUAUUUGUACGACAAAUAUCUCAGGGGCUUCACAUUUUACAAGAUGAGCAAUCUGGACAAUCGCAUCGCAAACGCUGACCAGCUGUUGACCCAAGACACUGAGAAGUUCUGUGACUGCGUGGCAGAGCUGUACUCCAACCUAAGCAAGCCAAUUCUUGACGUUAUACUUUACACUGUCAAAUUAGCUGGUGCCAUUGGAAUCAUGGGUCCAACAUACAUGUUAUUAUACCUGGCAUUCUCUGGUGCUGUUCUCACCAGGCUGCGGCGACCAGUGGGACGCAUGACAGUUACAGAGCAAAAACUGGAGGGGGAGUACAGAUAUGUCAACUCUAGGCUCAUCACCAACAGUGAAGAGAUUGCCUUUUAUCAGGGAAACAGUCGGGAAAAAUUUAUCAUCAGUGGCACUUUCAAUAAACUUGUGGAUCACCUUCGUCAAUUCAUCCACUUCCGUAUUCAGAUGGGGUUCGUUGAUAACAUCAUCGCUAAAUAUAUUGCUACUGUGGUGGGGUACUUAGUAGUGAGUCGACCAUUCCUGAACCUGGCACAUCCACGACACCUCAACUCUACCCACAGCGAACGAUUAGAGGAUUAUUUUAAAAGUGGUCGCAUGUUGGUAAAGAUGGCUGAAGCUAUAGGUCGCAUAGUGUUGGCUGGACGUGAGUUAACAAGACUGGCUGGCUUUACUGCCAGAGUGACAGAUUUGAUGAAAGUUUUGGAUGAUUUAAACAUGGGCCGCUAUGAAAGGACUAUGGUCAACUCAGAGAAUAGCCGAGGUUCCAGCAACAAUCUCAAGUCUCUAGCACUGAAACCAGGCAAUGGGUCCAUCAUCAUCAAAGAUCAUAUCAUCAAGUUUGACAAAGUUCCUCUUGUAACCCCUAAUGGAGAUGUUUUGAUAGAAGAACUCAGUUUUGAGGUUUCUUCAGGGAAAAAUGUGCUUGUCUGUGGACCAAAUGGAUGUGGCAAGAGUUCUUUGUUUAGGAUAUUGGGAGAGCUGUGGCCAUUGUUUGGUGGGACAUUGACCAAACCAGAGAAGGGAAAGUUGUUCUACGUCCCCCAGCGCCCUUAUAUGGCAGUUGGCACACUUCGGGACCAAGUGAUCUACCCUGACAAUCAUGCAGAACAGCUGAAGAAAGGGGUGAGGGAUGAGGAUCUGGCUGAAAUUCUGGAUAAGGUUCAACUGACCCAUAUACUGGAGAGAGAAGGGGGCUGGGAGGCUGUUCAGGACUGGAUGGAUGUGCUAAGUGGAGGAGAAAAGCAAAGAAUAGCUAUGGCCAGACUUUUCUACCACAAACCACAGUUUGCCAUAUUGGAUGAGUGCACCUCAGCUGUGAGUGUGGAUGUUGAAGGCUACAUGUAUCAACAUAGCCGUGAGGUUGGAAUCACUUUGUUUACAGUUUCUCAUAGAAAAUCCUUAUGGAAACAUCAUGAGUACUAUCUGAAGAUGGAUGGGCGUGGCUAUUAUGAAUUUAAACCAAUCACAGAAGAAACAUCUGAGUUUGGCUCUUGAUCUACGUAUAAUUUAUGUUUUUUAGUUUUUGUACCAGAUAUUUUUCUCUCUUGUACUAUUACAUGCAGCUUGUACAAAAAAAAUAUUUAUCUUGUAAAGUGACCACAAACCAGAUUUCUUUUACUUGUAAAGAUUUUUUCUAGAGGGUUACAUAGGUGAUUAGUUUAUGAGAUUUAUAUCCCUUUUUCUGAAGCUAAUGUCUAAGGUUUUAAUAUGUUCCCUUUACGGAUCUGUCAGAUUUGUGUCAAUUUGAGAAGUGCCUUAUUUAUUUUUACCAAAAUAUUGAGUCUGAAUUUAAUUUAAUGAAAGCAUUGAAAUAUAUUUUUUAAAAUUUCGUAUAUAUAUUUUGAUUUGGUUGCCGACAAACUGAGAAAUCUAUUAAUGGUUGGAACGGCAGUGUCUUUUAGAAAGUUCAAAGGUCAAGUUGACAAGUGUUGGUGGAGUAGCUGGUCUACUGUGUAAACAACUUGGUACUAGCUUAGCUGAUAGUAGGGGGGGGGGGAGUGGUGGGACUUAGUACUGUACAGGGGUGCUCCCAUGUUGUUCUGUCAUCAUCACAUUCAGACUUCCAUCAGCUGUGAUUUGAAUGUUUUUAUAAUCUAGAUCAUGUUCUGUCAUCAUCACAUUCAGACUUCCAUCAGCUGUGAUUUGAGUGUUUUUAUAAUCUAGAUCAAAUGUUCUACUGGUUUUUUUUUUUACUUGUUCAACUGUGUGCUGUUAUUUUUCUUUGUUUAGUGAAAUCAGGUCAUAAAAUGUGGACAAUUUGUGUAGCCUUAUGAUGCUUGACAUUAUGGAGCCCAGUAAAAAAAAAGAUGGUCCAAAUCCAUCACAUUCCAUGUUGGUGUAGACAAACUCUGUUGGGAAACGUCUGUAGUAAAAUGUGUACUUUUAUUUUCCGUGACUCCACAAAAUUGUUUGAUGAUCAGAUUUGUAUUUAUUGUAUGCCUGACAAUCCACGUGAGACAUUUCUUGCAGCUGUCUGUCAUAGAAUUAGUGCUCUAUGACAACUGGCUUCCCUUUACAUUUCUUAUGACUUUGCUACUGAAAUUUUGGAAAUAAAUCAUUUAGAGCAUCA